AUGGAUCAUGGGCAGAGGCAAACCCUGCACUUGAGCAGCAAUAUCAAGAAUAAUGUGGUGCAGUUUCUACUCAAGCAUAGCCAUGAUGGAGUACUAUCAAGAGGGGCUGUAAUGGAGGCAACAGAACCUCAUAACAUCAGUAGGAAGACAGAAUACAGGCUGUGGAAGGCAGCCAAGGAGCAAAUGCAAAGGGGAGAACCUGCAAUGAUGGAAGGAAAGGUUAAAGGCUAUCAUCAUGUUGACAGAUUAGAACUUGAUCAAGAAAAGGUUAGAAACUUAUCUACUCUUGAAAGAUCAUCCCUGAGGAAAAUGGCAGUAAAAUUGAAUGUGAGUAAUAGCACAUUAGGUCAUUGGGUGAAGCAAGGUAAACUAAGGCCACAUACAAAUGCAAUCAAACCUGCCCUCACCAAUAUGAAUAAGAUAGCAAGAGCUAGAUGGAGUCUUAGUCAACUUCAGCCACAGAUUACUCAAGGUAGAGUUAAGUUUCAGAGCAUGCAUAAUGUAGUGCAUAUAGAUGAAAAAUGGUUCUAUAUGACCAAGGUAUCAGACAGGUACUACCUCUUGCCGGAUGAGGAUGAGCCAUAUAGGACAUGCAAAUCCAAGAGAUACAUCACCAAAGUCAUGUUUAUGUGUGCUGUCAGUAGACCACACUUUGGUAUAGAUGGGCAGUCCACUUAUGAUGGUAAGGUGGGAAUAUUUCCCUUCACUGAAGUUCUGUCAGCACAGAGGAGGUCAAAGAACAGGGCAAGAGGCACCAUGGAAACCAAAGCAAUCAAUUCAGUCACAAAGGCAGUGAUGAGGGACUGCCUUAUCCAAAAGUGGCCUGUUGGGGCAAGUAAAGACAUUUACAUUCAGCAAGAUAAUGCAACCCCACACAUAACUGCCAUGGAUGCAGAUUUUCAGGUUGUUGCCAAUUCAGAUGGAUUUAGAAUCCAACUGAUUUGUCAACCACCUAAUUCCCCUGACACUAACAUCUUAGACCUGAGAUUUUUUAGAGCAAUUCAAUCUCUGCAACAUGAGAAACCUUGCAAGACUGUGGAUGAACUUGUGGGGAAUUGCAGAGGUGGAAAUGGAUACAAAGUCCCACACAUCAACAAGGACAGACUACAAAGAAAUGGAGGACUCCCCAAUGUGUUGGAAGUGGAGGAGGUUGUUGUGAGAGAUGUGCUGCACUACUUACAAAUGCCAGAGAACAAUGUUGGGGCAAUGUAUGAUAUUGGGCCUCUGUCAAAUGCAUUUGGCUUCUAG